UGCUCUGUAUGUAAUCCAUACUAGGCUUGUUUUAUCAAUAAAAUUGAUAGUGACUCAUUCUUAGUUCUUCGGGUUUACCUGAUCGCCAUUUUGUAAUCAAGUAAGGAUCAUCUUUUAACACUUUAGGCCUUGCUGGCCAAUUGUUAUCAACUAUGGGAUUAUCCAUUCCGAUUUCAGUGCUUUUAUUUACAUUUUUGGGCAAUGGAUUACCUGUGUUUGUUUCUGCCAAAGCUCCUCGUUUCGGAGGAGUCAAGGGCUGGAAAGAAAUUCACGAUAGAAUUGAAUACACUCCUACUUCUGGACAGAAAAUUUUGUUCCCUGAAGCCGAACUUCAAUUAUGGAAUGUACCAUGUGAUGUCCAAGAUGUUUCUCUUCAACUUAGCUUAUCUACUUCACACAUAGGAAAAGGAUGCGACCGAGAUACAUACUCUAUAGAAUCACAACGUAAACUUUGUGGAGCAAAUGUUGCCAGUGUUGAUCUAUUACCUUCGCCAGGAAUCGGUGCUGAAUGGACACGAUAUUUGCCCACUGAUGAAGGUCACGAAAGUGAUAAAAUCUUUGAAUUUGAUGGAGCAUCAGUUGCUGCUAUGAUUCCAGAGACUGUUCUGGAUCAUAAUCUCACCAACAAAUUUUCAAUUUCAUUUUGGAUGAAACAUGAGCCCCCUGCUGAUCACACCAACAAACACAUCAAAGAGCACAUUAUAUGUAAUGCUGAUGAUCAUAAGAAAAAUCGUCAUCACUAUGCUCUCUUCGUCCGUAAUUGUCGUCUCAUUUUACUUCUUCGUCGAGAGUUCAAUCAAGAGAAACGAACUAUAUUUCGGCCCGCAGAAUGGCGUUGGAAACUCGCUGAAGUUUGUGACAACAAGUGGCAUCAUUAUGCUAUAUCUGUCUCGUUCCCAGAGGUUUCUUUGUAUCUCGACGGACAAUUGUACAAAAACACUUCAACUAAUCCAGAAAUAGUCGAUGAUUGGCCAUUGCACGCUAUGAAAGGUGUAAACACCACACUUACUGUUGGUGCAUGUUGGGAGGGAAAAGCUAACAAAUUAAAUUUUCACUUCCGAGGUUUUCUGGCUGGACUCAGUAUUCUUCGUGGAGCAAAUGAAUCGCCUAAUGUGUUGAACUGUCUUCAUAGAUGCAAAGAAGGCUUAGAGUUGCCUCCAUCAGACUCUCUUGACUCAGGCACAAGUGUAUCCAUCAAUACUCAAGGAUCAGAAAUACUAAUAGAAGGAAAGGAUGCAAUUGAUGUUGAAGAUAUGCUCUCUCAAGUUUCUUACAUAAACACCCGAGAAUACCCAACUCCUGGUCGUCGUAGUUUACGAUUAUCAACUUCAAUAAGAUGUUCUAAUGGUAAAUCAUUGAAGGUUCCCAGUGUAGACUCUUACAUAAUGGUGUUGCCACCAAAACAGCCACUUAUAAGUCUAAAUGGAACUCCUAAUCUGGCUCGCGAAUACGAAGCUUUUGUUCAAGGAAUUGAACUUUUCUCAACAGUUUCCAUUCUUAUUAAUCAUGAAAUCGAAGUUGAAGAUGACGAAGAUAAUAAUGUUAAUCCUGAUGACAUUGGAGACUUAUCUUCUGAAGAUUCAUCCAAACCAACCAAGGAAGUAUCUAAACUUGCUAAUGUACACAAGUUGGAUACUUGUUCGAUUCAAGUUUAUCCACCUCUUAAUCCAGAUCAUGAAUAUUUUCGACUCCCGAAUAAUUUCAUGAAUCAUCUUGGAGUUAGAUUCACAGAGUCAAAGGAUGGAAUUGUUAUUAACGGAGCCGACACUGUUCAUAAUUAUCAAACCAUACUUCGAGAGAUCGUUUACUUCAACCAUAAACCAGCCUACUAUUUGAAUAGAGCCUUCAAACUGACUUGUUCAGAGUUAAAUGGCCGUUUCAUUUCAAACGACUACUUUCAAACAUUAACUGUAAUCCAUCCUAAAGUUGAUCCUUCAAACUUGACUGGAUCCACAAGUCAAGGCUUUAAAUCUGAAGCAAGUUCUGACGUUGUAAGUGGUUUAAAUAACAAUGACGGAUCUUCGAGGCACAAUGAGGCUGAUAACAAGAUGAACAUGAUGGUUAAUGAUGGCCAUGGACGUGAAGAUCGACCAGGCAUUGUGGCAGCUCAUGCUCAAGUUCAUCAGCAACAAGUUGAACUAAAGGAUUCCAAGUUGAAAUCAAAUGGAUUCCGGGAUUCACUUGAAUCUAGUGAAAUCUUUGCAAGAACCACUGCAAUGAAAUCUCGAUUGUCACCCAUCGUUGUAGGUCAUGCAGUAACUGUUAUUAUCGUGGUAUGUGUUGGUUUCUUAGUCUUCAUGAUUGUUCUUGGAGUUAUUCGGAUAAGAGCUGCACAUUCUAGGCCUAGUGAAACGAGAGAUGAAGAACAAGAAAUGGCCUGGGAUGAUACAUCACUUACCAUAACUGUAAACCCUUUAGAUCAAAUUGAACAAGAACAGGGAAGUUUACCAAUCCAAGAGGACGAUGAUGAUUCUGACAGUUCAGAUGAUGGCAGUAGCUAUCGGGACGAUGGUGAAAGUUCAGAGGAUGAAGUAGAAAAAACUAAAACUCGCCGAGAAUUGGAAUGGGAUGAUUCAACCUUAACUUUUUAGAUCUCACUUAAUGGAAAUUUAAUUUAAAAUUUAUUUCAUUUCCGUUUCAUCUGCUAAAUUGACUUGACUCAAUCAACAUGACAACUUGUUGAUAUUACUUAAGGUGUUUCCCAUCAGGCCAAAUAUUGAGAUUAAAAUUGAGAUAUCGAUAAAUUAUGGCGUAUUCUGACGUCAAAGUAAAUUAAUUUUUCAAACGAGCUAAUAAUCUAAUUGACAUAACCUUUAGAGCGCGAUCAUUCUUAGCUAAAACUUUCAUAACAUGAGCCUAAAUGUUGUUUUUUUGAUUCUUUAAUUUGAGUUGUGAAUCUCAAUCAUUUUUUAAUCGAGAUGAAUUUAAUGGGAAACACCUUAACGAGUCUGAUUUAAUUUAGCUUGUAUAAAGUCAACUUAAUUACCACUACCACUACCACUUCCACCUUCAUCAAUCAUAACACUGACGCAAACUAAAAAUAUUAUCAUUAUCGAAGCAGUGAUGACCAAGCAUCUACUUAUAAAUACAGCUUUAAAAAUUUAGAUUGGGUUGACAACAUUAUCUUUGAUGGACAAACCGAUACUUUAUUGUCAGAUUGAUCAAUAAAACUGAAAUUUUACUAUUCAACUAAAUCAUUUGAUCUCACAAUCAGCUUCUGUUUGUUCAUUUCUGAUAUUGUUAUCGACCCAAAACUUAAUUUACAAAAACUGUUUUUUAUACAACUAAACGAUUGAUAACUAAUGGUUAUAAGCACUGGAUAACCAACAUAUCAGCACUUAACAGCACUGUUUUAAAGGAGCAGUUAAAUCUCAAGUUAUUGAUCAUAACAUAUUAAGAUGUUAGAAAAGAUGAACUAGUUGAAGCUAAUAUUAUAAGAAUUUUUUUGUUUGUCAAUACCUACGUUUGAUAGCCAAACUUCAGACCAAAAAUGAUUAUCUAAAUUGUUAUUAUUUUGGACUUUUUUAUUUAAUUCGUGUAAAAAGCUGAAUAAUGGUUAGUCAAUGAUAUGUGACUUGCGUAUCAUCUGAAAUCGUCUUUAAACUGAUAAUUAUUCACUUUAAUAUAAUAUUGAAAAAUGGAAAUCCUCUAGAAUUAUUCCUACUCUUGACUUCUCCUAGACUUACUCUUGAACCCCAUAAACUGUAAACCCCUAUUCAAUACCAGAUUGUUUAACAUUGAACAUUCCACGAAACGAAAAUCAAACGUACCUUUUUUUCUUAGGUAAUCGCUCUUAAAAUCUAUGGACUCAAAAAAUGCUUAAAUUAACCCGAAUCUUACCUCUUUCGCUUAAUUGUCUUCAUUCUUCAUUGCGCGAAAACUAUUAACAUAAACAUUAUUUGCUUUCAAAAUACUUGUAUAUUGAUAAUAAAUAUUGAUAAUAAAA